GUCAGCAAAGCUGCCUGUAUCCUCACAACCCAGACCUUGAUGAGGCUGCUCAAGUCCAGGGAGGCAGCUGGUGCUGUGGAUGUGAAAACGUGGCCAACCAUCAUCGACACAGAUGACCUGCCCAGGAAGCGACUGGCCCAGAUCUACAAGCCACCCACACCUGAGAUGUUGGCAUACCUAGAUUUUAGUGUUUCCACCACAGGAAUGCUCACAGGAGUGAAGAUGUCGCACGCCGCCGUCAGCGGCCUGUGCAGAGCCAUCAAGCUGCAGUGUGAGCUCUACUCCUCCCGGCAGAUUGCCAUUUGUCUGGACCCCUACUGUGGGCUGGGCUUUGUGCUCUGGUGCCUUUGCAGUGUGUAUUCUGGACACCAGUCAAUUUUAAUUCCUCCUAUGGAGCUGGAAUCCAACCUUUUUCUCUGGUUAUCUACUGUCAGCCAGUAUAAAGUAAGGGACACUUUCUGUUCCUAUUCAGUCAUGGAACUGUGCACAAAGGGACUUGGAAACCAAGUUGAAAUGUUAAAGGCCAGAGGCAUUAACCUGUCCUGUGUCCGGACCUGUGUGGUGGUGGCGGAGGAACGGCCACGUGUUGCCCUCACCCAUUCCUUCUCCAAACUCUUCAAGGACAUUGGCCUCUCCUCCAGGGCUGUGAGCACCACCUUUGGCUCCCGAGUCAAUGUGGCCAUCUGUUUACAGGGAACAUCUGGACCUGAUCCCACCACGGUGUAUGUAGACCUGAAAUCCCUGAGACAUGACAGAGUGCGUCUGGUGGAACGAGGAGCUCCACAGAGCCUGCUGCUCUCUGAGUCUGGGAAGAUCCUGCCUGGAGUCAAAGUGGUCAUUGUCAACCCGGAGACAAAAGGUCCUCUGGGAGAUUCUCACCUUGGGGAGAUCUGGGUGAACAGCCCCCACACAGCCAGUGGCUACUACACCAUCUAUGACAACGAGACCCUGCAGGCUGAUCACUUCAACACUCGCCUGAGCUUCGGCGACGCGGCGCAGACGCUGUGGGCCAGGACAGGGUACUUGGGCUUCGUGCGCCGCACGGAGCUCACGGCAGCCAGUGGAG